AUGGAAGCUACAAUCCACUCCAGAAUGGAGUCAACAGAUCGACCAGCUCCAGCUCGGAGCGAAACCAGUGCGUCGUCGAUGGUUGUUCAACAAUAUGCGCGAUACCCGCAGACGCUGGAGUCCUCGCUCCGCAGUGCCUCCUCACUAGGGAGUGCGCGCAGUCAAGCAGAUGCCCAUAGAUCACCUUCUUUGCAUCGCAGGGAAACUCCUCGAGGCUUACAAUCUUCUCCAAGGGGAAUUAGGUCCGCCAUACCCGCAUCGGCUGCUCGCUCGGGGCCGUCAAUGUCACCGCCUGUGUUUGAUGUCUUGCGCCAUGCGCCAAUGAAAGAUACCACAGAUCAAGCAGAGUCCAGAGCUCUACCAUCGCGAGAUGUCACUGACGAAAACAUUGAUGACGCCUAUGUACUGUUUAUUUUUUAUUGCAAUCCCAAUGUGCCCUCUUCCGUCGACGCUUCUGAGCUUCGGAAGACAUUUCGCUGCCCUCCGCGCAGCGAUGGCAAGAGCUUCAGUGUCUUCAAGUUAUUCGAGUUGAUUCGAAAGCUUGACAAUAAGGAACUCAAGACAUGGAUCCAGCUGGCAAUCGAGCUAGGCGUCGAACCUCCCUCAAUGGAAAAGAAACAGAGUACACAGAAAGUACAGCAGUAUGCUGUUCGACUUAAGCGUUGGAUGCGUGCUAUGCACGUCGAUUCAUUCUUUGAAUAUUGCCUUGGGCAUCCCCAUCCCUACUACACCCAGCUACCGGCCUCCGGUCCAUUCGUGAGUGAAUCUCGUGAUGGUGUGCCGUUGGAAGAGGAUCUCGCUCUUCGAGCUCUUGUGCCCCAGUGGAAGCCCAAGAGAGGCAGGAAAAGGGCCGAUGAAAGGGAGCUCGACGACGAAAAGACAGCCAAACGUCCUUCAUUGGAUACUUCGGUAGGAGGCUUACCACCAGGUGGCUUUCAUAACCACUCUGCGACUUUUCCGCAGAGCGCUAUACCUUUCAGCGCCUUUCCUGAGGAGGAUACAUGGAUGAAUGCAAAUUCUUCAUUCCCACCACCUGGUACCUCGGAACAGCAGAGCCGGGAUUUACAAUGGAGGCUUCCAGACCGAGAGACAUCUCCCGCGGGUUAUCCACAGUCUGCAAUUCUUCCACGUGGUCAUCAGCCGGAUAUGAUCAUGUCGGCCGAGCCGCGUUCUGCUGUAACGCCAUCAUCUGGAGAGAAAACUCGCGCGAAGCGCAAACAUGGCCCUGCGGUUUCGUCAGCUUGGCCAGCCAGCAAUAAUUCGUCUAACGGAAAGAGUCGGGGCAGACCCCCGAAUAAGCCCUCAUCCGGUUCUUUCUCAACCUUUCAACUUCAGCCAAGCAGAGAGCCAUCGCAGAUUCCGCCAAAUUCUAUUCCUCAAUCAACUCCACAAAUUGUGGAGAAUGGUACACCAGGCGCCGUGCCAACGCCAUCAUAUAACCAGUCUCCAACUCCAGCUGCACAAGGUAGACCCGGGAAACUUCAACUGCAAGUUCCUCAGCAUAUGGGGGCGCCGGUACGACUCGCUACUCCACCGACAUUGUUAGUCAAUGGUGUCAACGGGGCAGUUAUCCCUCAGCCCACAGAAUCUCAGGGCCAGCCUCAACUUCAUGCUCAGGCAAAUAAGCAACCCCACUCUCAAGCUCAUCAACAGGCUCAUCAACAGCCUUAUCCGCACCCUCAUCCACAGGUCCAUCCCCAGGCUCAUCCACAGGCUCACUCUCAGCCUCAUCUGCAGACUCACACUCAAGUCCACCCUCAAGCGCAUUCUCAGGUCCAUCCCCAGAUACAUCCUCAAAUUCACCCUCAAGUUCACCCUCACGCCUCUCAACACGCCGAUCACAGGGGUUCACUCGGUGAACCUGGCCCCACUAUCGAUCAAAGAGCCUUAGAGGCAGCUCCGAAAAUACCAUUUGAUGAAAUUAUCCGCGCCCUCUCGAGUGAGCUGUUAAUGGCGCGGGUGAUGAGACCCACACAACUGAGUCCAGACGAGGCCAAUGGGUUAGCUACCAUGAUGGUAUUCAAUUCAUCGGCUCAGUACGCCAAACUUCCGAUUGAGCUACAUUCUUACCUUCUGGCCUUUAAUCUUGGCGUGGGGCACUACUUCGGAUUUGCAGCUCCCCGGCCUGUUCCUAUGGUUGUCCAUAUUGAACACCCAACUCCGGACGCAAAUGGCCAGGCACAGAAAGAGCCUAGAUAUAGUGUCUCAUUUGAUUAUAAUCCCACUGGUCACUUUUCAACACACACAGCGGUCGGAAACAUAAAUUCUGCAAUUAACUUUGUUGGGCCACCACUGCAACUGCCACAGCCACCGCCCCCGCCAGAUCCGUCCUCCGAUCGUCAAAGCAAGAUCUCUGAGAAUGACAAUAUAUCAAGCAUUGAUUUGGAGGAUGAUGAUGAUGGUGAUAAUCCUGCCUCCGAUGCCACCUGGAAGCAACGAUUCAUGAAACUUCGCUCGCAAAUGUUGAAGAAGGAUCGUGCUCUGUCACAGUACAAGCGCAAGAUCGUUGAAUCAGUCAUGGCUGAUAUCUAA